AUGGCUUCGGCCAGCUCAAUUGGAAAACUCUCGCGUGAAGACUUCCGACGACAAAAGGACCUCGAUGCAGCGCGAAAAGCUGGCACUGCACCCGCAGAGCUAGACGACAAGGGUCGGCCGAUCAAUCCCCACAUCCCGCAAUACAUCUCCAAAGCACCAUGGUACCUCGACACGGGGGCUCCGUCGCUCGAGCAUCAGCGUCGACCAGACGAGGGACCGGCUACGCGUCAAGAGGAAGGGUGGUAUGCUCGUGGUCAGCGAGCUGGACCUGCAGCGACCAAAUAUCGUAAAGGGGCCUGCGAGAACUGCGGUGCAAUGACGCAUAAAACGAAAGACUGUCUUGAGCGUCCGCGAAAGAAAGGGGCACGUUGGACAGGGAAGGAUAUUGCUGCAGAUGAAAUAGUGCAGGAUCUCCAGCUCGGAUUCGCCGCGAAACGGGAUAGGUGGAACGGGUAUGACCCAGCAGAGCACAAGCGGGUAUAUGAUGAAUACCAAGCGGUGGAGGAGGCGAGGCGAAAACUCAAGGAGGACGAGAUUGAUAAUCAAACUACGACGGACUUAUCGGCGGUGAAGAAGGUCGCCAAGGCCAGCAAGGAAGGAAAGGAGGAUGCCGAGUUUGGGUCGAGUGACGAGGAAGAUGAGGACGAGGAGAAAUAUGCAGAAGGUGCCGACCAAGUCGGUCAGAAGCUCGACACCAAGACACGUAUCACUGUUCGCAAUCUGCGAAUACGCGAGGACACCGCCAAGUACUUGCUCAAUUUGGAUCCUGAGUCAGCAUAUUAUGACCCGAAGACCCGAUCCAUGCGCGAGAAUCCGUUAGAACAUCUGAAUCCCGAGGACGCAGUGUUCGCGGGAGAGAAUUUUCUACGGCAAUCCGGUGAGGCACCGGAAGUUCAGAAACUGCAGCUCUUCGCCUGGCAAGCCGAGCAAAGAGGAAGGGACGUCAACCUGCAGGCAAACCCCACCCAAGGAGAGCUUAUGCACCGACAGUACAAGGAGAAGAAGGAAGAGCUCAAAGAUACGACGAAAACAUCACUUCUGUCAACGUAUGGUGGAGGUGAAUAUCUGGAGAAGGUACCGAAGGAACUGCUCACCGGUCAGACAGAAGAGUAUGUAGAAUACUCUGCCAGUGGGCAGGUCAUCAAGGGCCGAGAAAAGGCAAAAGUCCGGUCCAAGUAUGCGGAAGAUGAAUAUGUCAAUAACCAUACCUCCAUCUGGGGCUCAUGGUAUGACCUCUCAACAUCCUCAUGGGGCUUCGCAUGCUGCCAUUCUACGAUCUAUCAAUCCUAUUGCGCAGGAUCAGCAGCGAUCGAAGCUGCAUCGGCUGCAAGUGUGCAAGCUCUGCUCGCGCGCCCACCGGAGGAGGCGGAGCCUGCGAAGUCUCUGGCGGAGGAGCACGCCGAGCGCUUAGCCAAGGAAGGGGAAGAUAUGGGACGCAGUGCGGGGAAGGAUUGGUCUAAGAAGCGAUUGGGCGAGGGAGAUUUGAAGCUCGAUCAGGACAAACUGAAGAAGGCUAUUCAAGAGGAGAGGAAGCGGAAGGACAGGGGAGAGGAGGAGGAAUGGGAGGGUAAGCGGAGGAAGACGGGGGACACGGGAGACGUCACCGAGGAGCAACUGGAGGCAUACCGGAUGAACCGCCUACAACGGGAAGAUCCGAUGGCGAAUUACAGGGACGAAGAAGACUAAAAGGCGCCUCCUGCAGAUCGAGAUCAUCGAUGGUCCCUAGAUCGGCACCGGUAUUCCUAAUUGUUCUUAUUUAUCUGUACGAGUACUGGUACCCUCGCGCCGCAUGUGUAGCACG